AUGGCUUAUCCUCUCAAUCCAUACAGAAUGACCCUCGCCUCUCAGCGUGUCGCCUACACUUCCGAUAUCCUCCAACAUGUCAUAUCCUUCUUACCCAGGGACUCACUAUUCGCCACUCUAUUGACCAAUCGAUUCUUUUACGGUAUCACAGCGAAAAUUCUCUACAGGCGGAUUAUCAUCAAUCCACCCGAUCAGCAAGACAAGAUACUGCCGAAACAGAAAGCAGGCGAAGACGAUUCCGAUUCUAGUUCCGAUGAAGACGAUAUGGUGAUUGAAACAGAUCUAAAACGAAGCACCAAGGUCAGCAUCUCCAAAUCGAGAUUCAAUCCUUUCGUCGAGAUGUCACCUUUUACCCAGCAUCUGUCUGAGGAAUAUACCAAGCCAUUCCUCUUAUCUCUCACCGAUCGAAUUGACUUAUAUAUCCAUAAAGAAGAAGAAUGUCCAAAUCGUCGAAAGAUCCUCACUGCUUUACCUAACUUGAGGGUAUUGCACUUGGCAGGAGGACAACAGAAAAAUGAAUAUCCAGAAUGGGAAGGGGGCAUAUGGAAAAACAAAUUUUGUAAUCCCCUUUCAUGCCCUUUCGUCUCUGGGGUAUGCACACAAACGAAAUGUGUGAUGAUUCGACAACUUGAUUUUGGACCCUUAAAGGAUAUGGAUAGGUUGGAAGAGGUUAUAGUUAGGGUCAGACCUUGUCAAAUACCCGAUUUAAGACCUUUCGUUCCAUUCUCCGAACUUAGAUCGCAAUAUGGAUACAGCUAUCGCUACUGUCAUAUCGAUGAACAAGAUGUGAAGAAUUCCAAUCUAGAUCAAAUCGUACUUCCCCCGACGGUGAAGAGUUUAAAGGUAGUCUGGUGGGAUGAAAAGCAUAAUUUUAGAAUUGAUUGGAAAUAUGCGGAAGAGUAUUCGGGACAUUGUAGGAGGGGGCCACCUCAUAAAAGGUUAUAUAAAAAUUGUAUUGAGUGUGGACCUCUGGAAGUGAACUCGAAAGUAGGUUAUCGUAGUCUUAGAUAUUCUGAUUAUCUCGCGGAAUCAGACUAUCGGAGAGUGUCCGCCCAAUUGACAGAUCGAGAUACGGAGGAAGAACGAAGACGAUCGAAGAAACUGAGAGAAAGACUAGUUCAUCUGAUGAAGUUGCUUGGUAAACAAGGGGGAUUGAAGGAUAUCGAAUUUGUCAAUUUUGACAAAACCGCUCAAAUGGCAAUUCCCGUAGAGAACAGGAAUCAUUUGGAGAUUGAUAAGGUGAAGGAUGAUAUGGAGAAAGCUCUGAUGGAAGCUAGGAAGGGACAAUCAAAAGACCCGUCGAAUUUCGAAGGUACAAGCCAUUCGGAUAAGGGUGAUAUCAGAAUCAGAUAUCGAUCAAUUGACGAAUACUAUCCAUCAAUUUUUGCCGGUGUGGAGUACGAUCCAGUAGAAGAAGAAUACUGGAAAAACCGCUUGUACCCUUCUCAAAAGGUCUUAGAACUCCGGGAAGAGAUGGAUAGUCUGAUUUCGGAGAAGCUCAGUGAAUGGAAGAAACCAGAUUUGGAAUUUUAUGGUGAGAAGGAAUUGGAACAAGAGCUGGACCGCGCCAAGAGAAGGAAGGAGGAGCGGACUGCGAUGCAUACGGGUACCUGGGUAUGUGGGUAUCCGUCCAGGAGGAGAUAUGAACAUGGCUCCACGACACAGGGUACAGUGAGGAGAUGA